AUGCAAUCUCUAAUCGACCAGGCUAACAGUGGCCAUCGUUUUGGUGCCAAUCCAGAAAAGAAGGAAUAUUGGAAACUUGACUGGUUUACUCCAGCAAAACAAGACUCCUUUAGUGCGAACUCUGAAACAAACGAUACCGCUAACGAAACCAAUAGAGAGACGUCACAAGAGAAAUAUAACUUCAAAUACCAAACCUGGGUUAAAAUUGACUCUGCUGAAUCUAUACCAAGUGAAGAAAAUGACACCUUGCAGCCAAUAGACCUUUCCAUAAUUGACCGAAAUGAAGUCUCAGAUGGUAACCAAGGUAACACAGAUGGAAAUAAGGAUAGCCUCACAGUAGAUGACAUCAGAGGUGCUGUCGGGGGAAGUGAAUCUAUUCCUGGACUUUCCAGUGGUACAAAUAAUAACCAUGAUCUAACUGAACCGGCAGCCGAAGAGACUCAAACUGUAGUUAACACCGAGCAAGCCGCUGAACAACAAACAUCCACUGCAAAAGAUGUACCAGCGGAUCUUGUAAGUCAAACUACCACUGAAAAUAUCUUAGAUACACCUUCUCCUACAACAUUUACAGCUGAUACUGGCACACUAACUACAAAUACUGAACAACUAAGUGCAGUUGAAACUACAGACAAUAUUCAAACUACAAGUACAGACGAAGUUUUAACGACAGAUUUACCUGAAAAGGAACCAGCAGAGGGUAAUGAUCCUUCCAAUGAGACACAUGACAAAGAAGGUGACACAAAUAUGGAGCUUUGA